AUGGCUGACCAAAAAAGAAGAGAAAAUAUGGGGGAGAUUGAUACGAAAUCAAUUGAAUCAGUUCAAGCUGCAAUCACCUUGUUUGAUGAGAGAAAUGAUCAGAGGAAAAUCCGAUCCUGUAGCAGUGAUGAAUUGGAGAAGGUGACAGAGCUUGAAGGCCUAAUAAAGGACUUGGCCAAUGUCAAGAUUCAAUUGGAGGCAAAGGACUCUGCCUAUAAAAAAGCCGUUCAAAGGCUAGACCACAAUCAAAAAACAGCCGCUGAACUUUCAAGCUUACUAAAGAAGUACGAGUUUGAGAAACAUUUAGCCAUCAACGAAUGUAGACAAGGUAGGGUGCGCGAGGAAGAACUAGAAUCCAAAAUGAAGGAGAUGGCUGAUCAACUGGUGGAGACUGAAAAGGUCAGAGAGCGGCUUUCACAGGUUAUAAGGGAGUCAAAUGCUACACAAGGGGAACUACUUAGCAUGGAAACAGAACUUGCUGCGGUUGGAGAAGCAAACGUUGAGGCCAUGACACGAGCAGAAAUGGCGGAAACUGCUUUAGGCAUGGAGAAGGUGAAGACAGAAGGGCUUCUGAGGCAUGUAUCAGAGCUUAACGAGACUAUUCUUCACUCAAAUCUUGCUGCUACUGAGGCAGAGAAAGAAAAAUGUGCAAUUUUAUCUGAAAAAGAGGCCGAGUUAGAAUUAGCGACAGCUGACAUAGUCGAAGCACAGGAACAGCUAGGAUGCAUGAGAAAACAGCUUGACAUGAUGCAGAAUUGGGAGAAUCAACUACUGGCAAAGUCUAUGUUUAUUGAUUCUCUGCAGUUGGAACUUAAACAACUGAAUGAGCUACAAGUUUCAUCCCAAAAAGCUGCCACUGAUGCCAUCGAAGAAUUAAACCUACUAAAAUUGAACAUGGAAUUACAGGAAAGAAAGAACUCAGAUCAGGCAGUUUAUAUCAGUUUACUAGAAACGGAGCUGAAUCAAUUAAAGUUAGGACAUAGUAAAGCAAAGGAAGAGGUGAGGGGAUUGAAUUGUGAUAUUGAAACAAUGACAGGGGAGUUAGAGAAGAUUAAAAUCGAGAUGGAUGAGACCAGACAGAAAGCGACUGAAGCCCAAGUUGAGAUAGCGUUGCUGAAAGCUGAACUUCUUAAAGGGAGGUCAAAAAUUGCUGCCGCUGAGGCAGCUGAAGCAAGAGCAAUGGGCGAAAAGUCUGGCCUAUAUCGUGCAGUCCAGCAAUUAGCAUUGGAAGCAGAAGCAGCUAAAAAAGAGACUCGAAGGUUACAAGAAGAAUCAGGUAAGGAGGCUGAAGAAACUGAGAACUCUGUCCUCAGCGGCGAAGCCCGAUGUGAAAAUACUUCUCAUGAUGAAGAAAUUACACGAAAUGAUCAAGAAGAGAGAGAAAAUGACACCGAUGCUGUUAUCACAAUUUCAAUGGAGGAAUAUGAGACCUUGAUUAAUAAGGCUGAGAAGGCAGAUCAUGUUCUAGAGCCGGUAUUUGAAAAUAGGUAUGAGUUAGAAAUUUUGAAGAGGGAGCUGGAUAUCGCGACAGUGAAAAUUGGAGAGUUCAGAACACGAGCAGAACAGGCUGCAAGCAGGGCUGAGGCAGCCGAGAAGGCUAAAGCAGCACUUGAGGAACAUAUAAGACGGUGGAAAGAGCAAAAAAAAAGGAGAAGGGCUGCUAUAACAGCACUUCGCGAGGAAUCGAUUUCCAGAGAAAGCUAUAGUUUGAGUGAUGAGCAGGCUCCUAAACAUUAUCAGCCAUUAGCUGGAGCUGAUACGGAAUUCGACGGUGUUAUUUCUCACAAGGUACUUCAUACAUAUCAAUGGAACACUAGCUCAGACCUUGCUGGAGAGAUGGCUGCUUUAGCUUUCUCAUCCAUUGUUUUUGAGGAUAACAAGGCUUACUCCCAAAAACUUGUACAUGGUGCCAGAACCCUCUUCAAGUUUUCCAGGGAUCAGCAAGGCAGAUAUAGUGCUGGUGGUGCCGAUGCUUCUAUUUUCUAUAAUUCCACUAAUUACUAUGAUGAGUAUGUGUGGGGUGCAGCUUGGUUGUACUAUGCUACUGGAAAUUCUUCAUAA